CGCCGAAGCAACAUCGGUGACAGGGUUAUUUGCUAGAGAAACGCAGUAUACAUAGAAGAGCUCGCGGCAAUUUCUCAUCUGCUCGAUUUCUUCCUUCUUCUGCUUCUAGUACUCUCUCUGCUGUCAAGCAUUGAUAAUGAAGUUAUUACAGGCGAGCAACCUCUUGCUGCUGACUGGCCUUGCCAGCUCGUGCUUGCUUCCCGAGGAGCGUGCUGGUGGCUCGGUUCACAGACUGAACCGUCGCCAGGGUAACAGCGGGAAAGCGGUCGGCACAGGUGACCGCUUCAGUAAUGGAAACUCAUUCCCACGCGGCAUUGGUAGUGGAAAUGCCACGGAUAUGAGCACUAUCCUCAACAUCAAUGAAGUCUCGACAGGAUUGCAGGGUUUAGUAAAGGAGUACGGCAUUGAGCUCUUUAGUAGCCCAUACAAAACCUAUGAAGGCCGGACAAUCACAGGGGCGAAGAUAGGUGGUUCAGGUACCUACCAUGUCUACCUGAACGGCGCCAUCCAUGCCCGUGAGCGUGGCUCGCAUGAUAGUAUCCUGUACUUUAUCUCGGACCUGUUGUAUGCUCAGAAGCACAAAACGGGUCUAACGUACGGCAAGAAAACAUAUACCAAUGCCGACGUGGUCAAGGCUCUGAGCGCAGGCAUCGUUGUUACGCCCCUGAUCAAUCCAGAUGGCGUCAAUUAUGAUCAGCAGACGAACAGCUGCUGGCGCAAGAACCGCAACCGCAAGAGUGCCUCCAGCAGUGCUGCCACUGUUGGCAUCGACCUAAACCGCAACUUUGACUUCGCUUGGGAUCUGAGCAAGUGGGCUCCUAGUGUUGCCAGCAGCGUGGCUUCCUCUAGUCCCUCAUCCGAAGUAUUUCACGGCACCGCUGCCUUCUCGGAGCCUGAGACCCAGAGCAUGAAGUAUGUUUUGGACACUUACCCCAAAGUGAGAUGGUUCAUCGACCUUCACUCGUACGCUGGCGAUGUUCUUUACAGCUGGGGAAGUGAUACCGACCAGAGCGCGGACCCAUAUAAGAACUUUCUUAAUUCAACCUAUAACAGCAUCCGCGGCAUCACGUCAGAUUCGACGACCACCAGGUACGGCGAGUAUAUCUCGACGGGGGAUUUGAACAACGUCAAGACUGCAGGCACGCGCUUUGGGAACGCCAUGUCCACCUCAACGGGCAGGACAUACACAGUCAUGCAAUCCGCGUACUUGUACCCUACCUCUGGCGCUAGUGACGACUAUGCAUUCUCCCGUCACAUCGCUGACCCUACGAAGAACAAGGUGUAUGCUUACACCGUGGAGUUUGGCUUUGGAAACAACCAAGCUUCGUGCCCCUUCUAUCCCACGGCAGCUCAGUACACGAGCAACCUUCAAGAAACCAAUGCAGGCUUUAUGGAAUUCUUAUUAGCAGCGAUCGACAUUGGUCUAGAGUAAGACCUCCCAACAACAGAAACUAGACAACUAUGAUGAUUGUUAGAAUUAAAUAAGAUGCCAAAGUCUACCUGCUGUGUGCCUAUGUCUCGAUGGUCUGGGUGUAACUUUUUGCUCGGUGAAAUACCUUUUUUGUUCUUUCGCGUCUAAAUAUUCGAUAUUAAAGCGUAUAUAAGAUAUCAUCUCC